AUGGCCAACAUGUCCCCCCUCAGAGGCUAUAUUACUUCUUAUUCUCCACGAGUCCGUCAAUAUGGAAACGCGCUUCUCACACCGGUUAUUCCUCCAAGCCAAACCGGUCCGGCACCGCGAAUGACAAAGCGAGGAACAGCGGCAAUAAACUACGCUGAAGAUGGGUUUGACGACGACGAUUUCGAGGACAGUGAAGGUCCCCGACGACCCACUGGCUUGAGGAGCCUUCGACGGGAAGAGUCGACUGUUGACAAGGUUCCUUUGGCGGAAAAGUUGGGGAAAGAAGUUCACGCUCCUGUUGAGGUUCAAGGGGUAUUUCGGGACUGGAUGAUCAAGAGGAUGCUGAGGCCUGUCUGCGCCGACCAACUGCAGAUUCAGGCGCAGCUCCCCCUUACCCUAAUACCCAUUCGCAUUGAUUUAGAAGUUCCAGCGCAUCAACCUCAAGAACCCUUCCAAUUGCCCCGAACCGUUCUGGAUCCCGGUAUCAACCCUACUCUCCCCGGCUAUAGAAGACCCGAACCGUUACCUGCCUUCAGGAUCAAGGAUACAUUUCUUUGGAACCUUCACGAAGCGCUGGCGACUCCUGAAGAAUUCGCUACGGGCUUUGUUCGUGACUUAGAUCUACCCAAUCCACAGGCCAUGACAAUGGCAAUCAGCAAUCAAAUUCGUCAACAAUUAGAGGAAUAUGCUGGUGUUGCGCUACAUCCGCUAUUUCAAAGUACAGUGCCAAAGCUGCCUUCUGUCGGUCAAGCUGGCGUGUCGCGCGAUGCAUCCGCAACUCCUGCUCCUACCCAUGCCGCCACGCCUGAUAGCAGAUCCAACGCAGUGACAGUAACCAAGGAGCCAUUUGUUAACGACAGUUUCCUGAAUCCAGAUGAUGCAUACCGAUGCAUGAUCAAUCUUAACAUCAACCUGCAAAAUAAAUUAUACACUGACAAGUUCGAGUGGUCUCUGCUGCAUCCUCCGGGCAUGGCAGAGGAAUUCGCGAAAAUUACUUGUGCGGAUCUGGGUCUUAGCGGAGAAUGGGUCGGAGCUAUUGCACAUGGUAUUUAUGAAGCUGUUCUAAAGUUGAAGAAAGAAGUCUGUGAAAGCGGUGGCUUAGUCAGUGGCAUUGGCGGCUAUGGAAAUGAGAUAGACAACCAAGCGGCCAAUGGCACUGAGGCCGGUUGGCGUUAUGACCCAGAGGGACUCGGCGAUGAAUGGGAACCCAAGGUGGAGACGUUGUCAAAGGAAGAAAUUGAGAAGCGGGAAGGUGAUCGUGAACGGCAGAUCCGGCGUCUACGGCGAGAAACCGCUAGGUUCUCUUCUACUGCAGGCAUCACUCCAGACGUUUCACGACAAGGUAGCGGAGGCUACUUUGACGUCGACAGUGAGACCCCUCUAGGUAGGGGAGAAAGGAGUAAACGAAAAAAGCGUUUCCGCAGCCUGAGCCCAUUGGGAAGAGGAGGUACGCCUGGUGGACGUGGAACUCCAGACACCUCUUCCGGCGCCGGGUAUGGCGGUGGUGGCGGUACAUUAUCCGAUUGGGAACGGCAAAAUUGGCGGUGCAGUAAUUGCAUGGUAUGGGGUACCGCAGUUUGGGCUGUUCGGGAUGGCCCUGCCGGUCCAAGGACACUUUGCCACAAUUGUGGUCUUCUAUACGAACGUGAUAAAGUUGCACCGGAAUGGUCCAGAGACUUACACCGUCACGAUAUACCGGUUGGCCGAGCAUAG